UGCGGUCCAGGACGAACCAGGAUGCCGCUCUCCAUUGGCGGACGCUCUUCCCGCUAGUUCCGCGUCGCCUCUGCGGCUGCGGGUUUGAGGAAGUGUUUCUAGGAGACCGCGGCAGGCGGCUGCGCUUGCGUGGUUAGCGCUACCGGGGGCGGGCUGACGGACCGAGGCGCUGGCCGGGGGAGCAAGUUCCCGCGGCUCUGGGUGGCUGUCACCGCCAGGUUUCUCUAACCUCAUGGUACGUCCGUGAGGCCGGCUGCCGGUAGACGUCUCCGCAGGAUGGAGCACAUCCGGACCACUAAGGUUGAACAAGUAAAAGUACUGGACCGAUUCAGUACCGGCAAUAAGUCCUUAACAGGAACACUGUAUCUUACAGCCACACAUCUAUUAUUUAUAGACGCUCAUCAAAAAGAAACCUGGAUUUUGCACCACCAUAUUGCCUCAGUAGAGAAACUUGCUUUGACUACUACAGGAUGCCCGCUUGUGAUUCAGUGCAAGAACUUCAGAAUUGUGCAUUUCAUCGUUCCCAGAGAAAGAGAUUGCCAUGAUAUUUACAACUCUUUGCUGCAGCUGUCAAAACAAGCAAAAUAUGAAGAUCUCUAUGCGUUUUCUUAUAAUCCCAAACAAAAUGAUUCAGAACAACUACAAGGCUGGCAGCUCAUUGAUCUUGCUGAGGAAUAUGAGAGGAUGGGAUUGCCAAAUACACACUGGCAGUUGUCUGAUGCCAACCGAGAAUACAAGAUUUGUGAAACUUAUCCCAGAGAACUUUAUGUUCCCCGGAUAGCAAGCAAGCCAAUAAUUGUUGGUAGUUCCAAGUUCCGGAGCAAGGGGAGAUUCCCAGUUCUUUCCUACUAUCAUCAAGAUAAGGAGGCUGCCAUUUGUCGAUGUAGUCAACCAUUGUCAGGAUUCAGUGCCAGGUGCCUGGAGGACGAACACUUGCUUCAAGCCAUCAGUAAAGCCAAUCCAGUCAAUCGCUAUAUGUAUGUCAUGGACACCAGGCCCAAACUAAAUGCAAUGGCCAACAGAGCGGCUGGAAAAGGUUAUGAAAAUGAAGACAACUAUUCUAAUAUUAGAUUUCAGUUUGUUGGGAUUGAAAAUAUUCAUGUCAUGAGAUCCAGCCUUCAGAAGUUAUUGGAAGUCAGUGGUACCAAAGGCCUUACUGUCAAUGAUUUCUACUCUGGUCUAGAGAGUUCGGGAUGGCUUCGCCAUAUCAAAGCUGUUAUGGACGCUGCAAUCUUUUUGGCCAAAGCAAUAAUGGUUGAAAAUGCAAGUGUGCUGGUACAUUGUUCUGAUGGUUGGGAUAGGACUUCCCAAGUUUGUUCCCUUGGUUCUCUUCUGUUGGAUUCCUACUAUAGGACAAUCAAAGGAUUCAUGGUUUUAAUAGAAAAAGAUUGGAUCUCUUUUGGACAUAAAUUUUCAGAGAGGUGUGGCCAUUUGGAUGGUGACCCAAAGGAAGUCUCACCAGUAUUUGCUCAGUUCUUGGAAUGUGUGUGGCAUUUGACCGAACAGUUCCCACAAGCCUUUGAAUUCAAUGAAGCAUUUCUUCUUCAGAUCCAUGAACAUAUUCAUUCAUGCCAAUUUGGAAACUUUAUUGGAAAUUGUCAGAAGGAAAGAGAAGAACUCAAGUUGAAAGAGAAGACUUACUCUCUGUGGCCAUUUCUUUUGGAAGAUCAAAAGAAGUACUUAAAUCCUCUCUACAGUUCCAAAUCUCAGAAAUUUACAGUUUUGGAGCCAAAUACAAUAUCUUUCAAUUUUAAGUUUUGGAGAAAUAUGUACCAUCAGUUUGAUCGAACAUUGCAUCCUAGGCAGUCUAUAUUUAAUAUAAUUAUGAAUAUGAAUGAGCAAAACCAACAAUUACAAAAAGAUAUUCAAGACCUAGAAUCUAAAAUUAAGCAACGGAAAAAUAAGCAGACAGAUGGUGUCCUCACCAAGGAAUUGUUAAAUUCAGUUCAUCCUGAAUCACCUACCCUCAAAACUUCCCUGUGUUUUAAGGAGCAGACUCUGCUACCUGUGAAUGAUACUCUUCGAACUAUAGAGGGCAGCAGCCCAGCAGAUAAUCGGUACAGUGAAUAUGCAGAAGAGUUCUCCAAAUCAGAGCCUGCUGUGGUCAGCUUAGAGUAUGGAGUGGCAAGAAUGACUUGUUAGACUUACAGAGUGUUUUCUGGACUAACUGUAGUAUAAGAAAUGGAUUAUUGUGAAGAUGGUCUGUGUGCAUGACCAAAAGGAAUCUGUCUAAUAAUGAUCUUAGAGUUUAAUACACACAGUAGGCUAAUAAUUGAAGAAAGGACAAUAACUGCUCUUGUGAGAGAAGUCAGUCAGCUUAAUUGUGCUUCUAGCAAGGAAUGCCAUUCAGUUCUAUAAGAAAUGAGUGGUAUUUGGUGGAUUUAUUCAAAACACAGUUUGCACUGUACACUAGGGAGUUGACAUUUCUGUAUGAUUUGUAUGUUAAUUGCAGCCAAACACAAAUAGCCUUUCUUAAGUAUAUUUUAACUUAGAGAAAAUAAAACUUUACAGAAUGGUUCCUUACUAAUUGACAUGGCAUGUACUUUCAGUUACGUAACUGUGUAACUGAGUAUUUACAUAUUUUGCCUUUUAGUGAUGUUUAAUGUUGAAGUGCCAUGAAAAAUGUUUCUAAGAAAGCCUUAAAUUCUCAGUUUUUUCUUUACCCUUAAGUUUUAUAGCCGACAGUAAGGCUUUUUGUUUUUUCUUUUGGUCAGCCUUGUUUUGUUUGUGAAGAGUUGCACUCUCAUCACCGCAGGGGUUGCAUGCUACAUUAAACUCAAAGAUAAACAGUGGCAGAACUACACUUUUUAUAAUUCAUGUUUAGCCAGCCCCAUUUCCAUGUUCAAAAUUAAUGAAACUGAAGGUUUUAUUCUUGUUAUAAUUUGUUGAGUGCUACAUUUGAUGAGUUAUUUUCAGCACAGAUUAUUGAUUUUUUAAAAAUCUGUAUAAGCACAUUUGACUGCCUUUUGUAUAUGGAUGACUGCAUUCCAUUGAUUUUUAUUUUGUGGUUGGCUUUAUUCCUAUGAUAUCUAUGUAAGUUUAAUGUGCUAGAGCUCUAAAACUGUUCCCAGAAACAGCUCUGCAUAUAUGUGUAUAUUUUUAAACUGCCUUAUCUCUUAACAAAAUUGGUAUACCUAGAAUAUCUCACUUUUAGUUUACCUAGAAACUUUCAGGUAAAAUAAAAAGGGAAGUUCUCAUAGUUUAGAUUUUACUUGGUAACGUGAAUGGUAAAGCAGUCAUUUCUAUGUGGAGCAGUUUUUUUCUUCUCCGUUAAGAAUAGAAGAAAAAAAGGAGAAUUAAGGAGACUCUAGUACAGAGUUAAUGUUGAACAAAAGCAACUUAAACUCUGGGAAGGAUUUCAUUUUGCCAUGUUGUAGUUAGUGUUUAUUCUGUGACUAGUACAUAUCUUUCAAUUAAUAAAUGUAUUGCAGUUGAUAGUAUCAGCCUGGCUUUAAAAUUGAAAAUUUAAGUAACACAGUGGCAUGAGGUAUGAUUCAGGGUUACUAGGUUAUCUAUAUCGGAUCCUUCAUGCUUCUAUUAUACUUAUAUAUAUUAUUUUAAUUGUGAACAUAAAUAUCUUUUUCAAAUGGAAAAAAGCUUUAUUGUAUGAGAGCUUAUCUAAUCCUGUUUAUUUUUCCAAUGUUCUGUAAUACAUUAUGUAAUAAGAAAAAUACUUGUUUUUAAGUGGUAACAGAAAUGCACUAUAAAAUACAGUAUAUAAUUAACCAGUCCUAUCUCCAUGUAUAAGCACCAGGAAUGAACCUUAACCUCUGUGACCACAAAGGGAAGCUUUUGUGCCUUGGUGUUCCAGUCACUGCUUAUGGUUUUAGAAUCUUCUGUGGCAGACUUCUUGUAUUCAACUCUUUGGUUUAUUAAUCUUCAACUCUAGGCAUAUGUGUAUGUGUUUAUUUCUUCUUACAUGGACUGAGAAAUCAGUUAACAUCCUAAGUGACCUACAGGGUACAUGUUGGCAAAAAGCAGAUUGUGUAUAUGUCAUAUAAAAUUGGAUUUAUGUUCACUGUGUUUGAGAAUGUAUAGCAUGUAAAUUAUUUCAUACAUUAUUUAAAGGUGAUUAAAUGUUCGUGUUUUUCUUUUGGAAAAAAACAAGUGUGAUCAA